UGAAACAAAUUUAUAUCAACUUAAUUUAAAUAAAGUGUGUAAAGUGUUAAAUUAUUUAAUUUAGUUAGUUAGUUCCUUAUAAUAUGGCCGGACAAAAAUUUCAAUACGAUGAGAGUGGGACUACAUUUUUUUAUUUCUUGUUGUCGUUCUUAUUUCUAAUCUUGGUACCGGCCACAUUUUAUUACUGGCCUAAGAAAAAGAAAGAAAAUGAAGAAAAAUCAUUAUUAUGCAAUUGCCCUGAUUGUAUAUCAAAAAGACACUAUCUUGCACGGAAUCAGAAACCGUACUUUCAAAUAUUUAAAAGAGUUGCAAUAGUGACUGGAUGGCUGGCUCUAAUAUAUUUAACCUACAAAGUUUCUCAAUUUGAACAUGAAACCAUUAAAUUUGAUCCUUAUGAUAUUCUCGGUGUGCCCGUUGGUAGUUCUGAAGCUGUUAUUAAGAAGGCAUAUAGAAAGCUCUCAGUGAUUUUGCAUCCUGACAAAGAAACUGGAAAUGAGAAAGAAUUCAUGAAAUUAACCAAAGCUUACCAGGCUUUGACUGAUGCAGAAGCUAGGAAAAACUUUGAGAAAUAUGGAAAUCCCGAUGGUCCAGGCGUUAUGUCGUUUGGUAUUGCUUUACCAUCAUGGAUUGUACAGAAAGAAAAUUCAAUAUUUGUGCUCGGAUUAUAUGCUGCUGUAUUUAUGGUGGCAUUACCUGUAGCUGUUUGUACCUGGUGGUAUAGAACGAUAAAAUACUCUGGUGAUAGAGUUUUGCUAGAUACAACACAAAUGUAUUAUUAUUUCUUAUACAGAACACCUGAAAUGUCCUUAAAGCGUGCUCUCAUGAUUUUAGGAGCAAGUUUGGAGUUUGAUAAGAAACAUAAUUCAGAAGUGGUAGAAAGACUUAGUGAUAAUAUGGAGGUUCCAGCUCUCAUAAAACUUUUGCCUAAUCUCAAUGAAAAAAAUAAGGAACAACCUUUAUGUAGAUUGUACUCUAUUAAAGCUAGAGCUUUACUGCAUGCACAUUUAUCACGCAUGAGGCUUAACCCAGAAACUUUAGAUCUCGAUAGAAUGCUCAUUGUUAAGAAAUGUCCAAGACUGAUAGAAGAAAUGGUUUGCUGUGUGAAUCAGCUGAUAGUUUUAGCUUACGCUAGGAGAAUACAAAGACUGAUAUCGAUUGAAACAUUAGAAAAUUGCAUGAAACUUUCUCCAAUGAUUGUCCAAGGUCUUUGGCAAUUUAAAAAUCCGUUUCUUCAACUUCCACAUAUUAGUGAAGAGCAUUUAAAAUAUUUUUCUAAAAAGAAGAAUAAUCAAUCAAUUAAAACAUUGAAACAAUUAGCAGAAAUGAAUAAUAGCGAGAGAAGAAAAUUAUUGAAGACCCUCUCUGACUGUGAAUAUGAAAAUGUUAUUAGAGCUCUUGGUUCAAUGCCUCUUAUUGAUUUCAGUAUACAAUGUGAAGUGGUGGAUGAUGAAAAUCCAACAGUUGUGACUGCCGGUGCUAUAGUUACAGUAACUUGCACUUUAAUCAGGCACAGUUUAAGUGAAUUUUUUGAUCAACAUGAUGCCAAUGAUUGUAAUGAUGAUAAAGAUGAAGAUACUUUUCAAGAAAACAAUCCAGAAAAUUUAGAAAACGCUGAACAUCAGAACAACACAACUCCUCAUUCUCAAAACAAAAAGCCGGCAUGGCUAAAGAACAAGAAAUCGUCAUCUGGCAAGAAUAAAGGCAAUAAAAACAAAUCCAGCAAUAAAGGAAAUAGCAGUAGAGCUAGUUUGGAUUCCAAAGAUAGCGGCCACAAAGAUGGGCUCUCAACACCAAAAGAAGAAAAACAUAGAGAUCUUAAUAAAGACAAAGAAAAUGAUCAAGAUAGUGCUUUGGACUCAGAUAGUGAAAGAGAAGAUAGAUCUUCUGAGGAUGAGAAAGAAAAAAAGAAUUCUGCCAAUGAAGAUGAUGAUACUGAAUGGAACAAAUUUCAAGAGAGACUUCAGAAAAGAGACAAGGUUCUGGAAGGAAAGUCUAAAAUUUCACAUUCUGUUCAUUGCCCAUUUUUCCCAGAGGACAAGCAAGAAUAUUGGUGGGUGUACAUUUGUGACAGAAAAUCCAGGUCUUUAUUGACCGCCCCAUAUCAUGUAACAAAUUUAGUGGACAGAGAACAAAUUCAGCUAAGAUUCACGGCUCCUAGAUGGGCUGGAGUAUACACUUUCAAUGUGUGCUUAAAAUCAGAUUCUUAUUUGGGAACUGAUCAGCAGCUUGAUAUGAGAUUAGAUGUUGAAGAGGCCGUGGAGACCCCAACCCAACAUCCUCAGUGGCAAGCUCUCUCCGACAGCAGUGAUAGCAAUGCUGAUGAUGAUGGAGAUGAUAACAGUGACUUAACUACUGAUUCUGAUAAUGAUGAUGAUAUUGAUGAUGAUAACAAACUAGUGGCGCAUGAUGACAGCGAUUAAAAACUGAAAUGUUAAUGAAAUUUUACUGAAGUGAACGUGAAGUGUGAGAACUUGAUCUAGCAUUACAUCAGAAAAGAAUAGUGAUUAAGAAUAAUUUACAUGCACAUAAUGUAUAACAUUAAGAAAGUGAAAAUAUUUUAUAUAAGUCGAAUUGGCAUUUGAAUGAAUGACGCACUGGAGAGGAGAAAUUUUAAUUUAAAGACAAACUUAUUGUACAGAUUAUAUGGUCUUAUAAAUGCUGGUGAUUAGUGAUUGGAAGAAUAGUGUGUAUGUGAGAGAUACUGUAGAAGAAAAUUAUGGUUUAGUUAUGUUUACUGACUGCAGUAGUUUUUUAUAUGUAUUUAAAUUUAAUUAUAUGGUAUCAUACGCCAUCUACUUAUAAACUUUAAACUAACAACUUUAAUUUAUUGUGUAGAAUUUAUUAGUUCAGUUAGACAUUGCUCACAUCAAGCAAUUAACAUUUAAUGCCAAA